UAUAAAGGCAUAAAGCCAGCAGCUUAUCAUAGGCAGGUGCGGCAGUGACCACCUUCCUCAUUUGCUGUGCUGCCCUUGCACCUUCCUUUUCCGGCCGUACUGCCUCACGUCCCUCUUUCCUGUACCUUCCGCGCCUAUAAUAUUUAAUAUUGACCGCGUCCUCCUACGCUUUUUCGUCUUGCCUCCCCCAGCCUCUCUUCUCUCCAUCUCCUCCAUCUCCUCCAUCUCCGUUUGCCUUCGUGCUCCAUCUCCUCCAACAAUGGCCCAACCUGCCAGUUUCAUGCUGGACGGCGGUGAUCCUCGCCUCAAUGAGAAGGAGCGCGACAUGGUUGAUGCUGUUGAGGCCACGCGCCCCCAGCACCGUCCCUUGCAUGACCCGUCCGUCACUUUCGAGGAGUACCACUACUAUGCCCAGUUGACUCGUGUCGAGGAGGACAGCUAUCCUGACCACGACAAGGAGCGUGGGUGGCUCUCGAUGAUCUUCCCUUCCAAGUCAGACGCUGGCGUGACCCAGGAGGCCGGCAGCGACAAGGAAGUCAAGAGCGCUGCCCACCUCAACACCAACAAUCCUGCUGUGAGAGACGUCAUUACCGAUCAGGAAUGGACCAAUGCCUCGCGCGCCCUCCGUACUGCCACUCGCGGCGCAAUCUUUUAUCUGAUCACUACCGAUAUUCUGGGUCCAUUCGGUUUGCCCUAUGCCUUUGCGACCAUGGGUUGGGGUCCUGGCAUUGUUCUGUUCACAGUCUUCGCUGGUCUUGCCAUCUACUCUGGUUAUCUUCUCUGGAACACCUUCCUCGGCCUCGAUUCAUACCAGUACCCCGUGCGCCACUUCGGUGAUAUUGGCUUCCGCUUGUUUGGCUCGUGGUUGCGCUAUAUUUUCAAUAUCUUGGAGAGUAUCCAGCUGAUUCUCAAUGUCGGGUUGAUUGUCAUCUCCAAUGGAGAAGCCCUAUCCCAAGUCUCCAAAUUCAAGCUCUGCUUCAUUGUCUGCUGCUUGAUCUGGGCUAUUGUUGGUUUCAUCAUUGGUCAGAUUCGUACCCUGCAAAAGUUUGGCUGGAUUGCAAACGCUGCCGUCUGGAUCAACCUUCUUUGCAUGUUCGUCACAAUGGGUGCCGCCGCUCAUCAGGCACCUAAUUACAGCGCUGUCGCGCAAGCUGCCGGGUCCGUGAUUGAUGGUGGUCUCCUCGUCCAACAGGAUGCUAAUGGCAACUGGCCUCCCGUGACAACUAGCGGUGGACUGCCUUCCACAGGAGGUUUCUCUGGUUCUGUCAGCGGUGCAAUGCAGGCCGUCUUUGCCUACGGUGGCUCUAUGGUGUUCCCCGAGUUCAUGGCUGAGAUGAAGCGUCCCAAGGAUUUCUUCACCGGCAUGUUCGCCGCCCAGCUGUUCAUUUAUUUCUGGUACAUGUUCUAUGGCCUCUUUAUGUACGGAUAUCAAGGCCAAUACACUGUCAACCCUAGUUAUUUGGGUGUCAGUGGCUAUGGUCUGCAAACCACCGGUAACGUGUUCGCCAUGCUUAGCGCUGCCAUCGCCGCGGCUUUGUACGGAAAUAUCGGUGUCAAGGUCCUCUAUCACAACAUCUUUGUCGAGAUUUUCCGCUUCCCUCCCUUGACCACCAGGGGUGGCAAGAUUGCCUGGGCUGUGUUAAUUCCUGUUUACUGGGCGAUUGCAUUCAUCAUUGCCGCCUCCAUCCCCAACUUCUCUGGCUUGACAUCCGUUGUUGCUGCAUUCUGCAUCCUGCACUUCACGUACAGCUUCCCACCGCUUCUCGCAAUCGCAUUCUGGAUAAAGAAGAAUGCUAUGCAGGAGGGUGAGGGAUUCAACCCCGAAAACGGCGAGACUGUGCGCCAUGACAGCGGUAUUCGUCGCGUCAUCCGUGGAUUCUUCUUCCCAGGCUUCCUUACCAGCAAGUACUUUUACUUCAGCUCUUUCAACAUUAUCUACUUCCUCGGCGCAAUGGCCCUUGCUGGUCUUGGUGCUUAUUCCGCAAUUGAAGUGUUGAAAGAUGCGUAUGCCAACAGUGUGACUACCUCGUUCACCUGCAAGAGUCCGGUGCAGAGCUAGAAGCCGUUCAUUAUGUGGCAGAUGGGACAUGUUUAAUAAUUACAAAAGAUGUAAUAAACAAAAGCAAACUUUGAGCUAUCGUUCGAAAAUCCAAUGA